AUGUCCUCCGCCGUGGUUCAUGGCGACGACCUUGACAUGGAGCCCACGCUCCAGUCGAUCUUGAACCAGAACACCCUCCGCUGGAUCUUCGUCGGCGGCAAAGGUGGUGUCGGCAAGACCACCACCUCCUGCUCGCUCGCCAUCCAGCUGUCUAAGGUCCGCAAGUCGGUGCUGCUGAUCUCCACCGAUCCCGCUCACAACUUGAGUGAUGCGUUUGGCCAGAAAUUCGGAAAGGAGGCCCGCCUGGUGGACGGCUAUGACAACCUCAGCGCCAUGGAGAUCGACCCCAACGGGAGCAUUCAGGAUCUUCUGGCGAAUGGCGACGGCCAGGGCGAAGACCCCAUGGCGGGUCUGGGCAUGGGAAAUAUGAUGCAGGACCUGGCGUUCAGCAUUCCCGGAGUGGACGAGGCAAUGUCUUUCGCCGAAGUGCUAAAGCAGGUCAAGUCGCUCUCCUACGAAGUCAUCGUGUUCGACACCGCCCCGACCGGCCAUACCCUGCGCUUCCUGCAAUUUCCCACCGUCCUUGAGAAGGCCCUGGCCAAGCUCUCGCAGCUGUCCUCCCAGUUCGGCCCGAUGCUGAACUCGAUUCUCGGCGCGCGGGGCGGUCUGCCCGGUGGCCAGAACAUGGACGAACUGCUGCAGAAGAUGGAAUCGCUGCGCGAGACGAUCGGCGAGGUCAACUCACAGUUCAAGGACCCGGACAUGACCACUUUUGUGUGUGUCUGCAUUGCGGAGUUCCUGUCGCUGUAUGAGACGGAGCGCAUGAUCCAGGAAUUAACUAGCUACGGCAUUGAUACCCACUCGAUUGUGGUGAACCAGUUGUUGUUCCCCAAGGACGGGAGCGGCUGCGACCAGUGCAAUGCGCGGAGGAAGAUGCAGAAGAAGUACCUCGAACAGAUCGAGGAGCUUUACGAGGACUUCAACGUGGUGCGCAUGCCUCUGUUGGUCGAGGAGGUCCGCGGGAAGGAGAAGCUGGAGCAGUUCAGCAACAUGCUCGUCCACCCGUAUGUGCCUCCGCAAUAA